AUGGCUGUUCCGCAUAGACAAGUUGACGAAUUCGGAGGAAGAGAUAUGCAUAAGCUCAUCGACCAAACCGUUAUCGAACUAGCUAGAAGAUAUCCCAACCACAUAGCCCUCGCUACAUCUGCCCUCGAAAAACAUGGGGACGCUCUCUUAAUAGCGGAGAAAGUUUCAACGCCUCAUCUUCCAGCAAAGAAAACAAAACGAGAAAUCGCACAUGUUCAUACAGAAGGAAAGAAUGUGGAUUAUUCAAUGCACGCAGUCCUCUCGCCCAAGGAUUGCAAAGAAGUAAUUGAGAAGGGAUGGGGUGAAAAAAUGACCUUGGCCGGCACAUUGAAAAUGCCUGCAGAGUAUCUGAUGAUAUAUACUCCAAGAUCAGAAUCAGAAUUGAAGGUCGUGAGAGAUAUCUUGGAGGCUGCGAUUGGGUUUAUGACGGGUGCGGCGAGACCUUUGGAAGAAUGA